AUGUUGCGUUGUGUAUUCUUAGGCUGCCUCUUGAAUUUAGCUUUUUACUUCUUUGCCAACCAUGAAUGCAUGGCAGAUGAGUUUAACUUACCAGGGCACUAUAAGCUUGGGGGAAUUUUUCAUGUACAUUCAGCCAGUGACGUUGUGGUUCCAAGUUCUCCUAUGGCUCUAGAAUGCUACACGCAGCAAUUCACAAUGUCAGGUUAUCAGAUGUUUCAAGUGAUGCGGUUUGCUGUGGAGCAGAUUAACAACUCCACCAAUAUCCUACCUAACAUCACUCUUGGAUAUGAGAUCUUCGACUUUUGCUUAAAAACUCAGGGUUUUUCUUCCAUCCUUGAGUAUAUCUCAGACAAUGGGCGAAUGAAUAUGUCAGCCGAAGAAAUAAGGCAUAACAUUAUUGGUCUUGUGGGUGCAUACGCAAGCUCAGAAUCUAUUUCUGUUGCACCAUUGUUCAUGAUGGACCUCAUUCCAAUGAUUAGUUAUGCAUCUUCCAGCUACGAUCUAAGCAAUAAGUGGUUAUAUCCCAGUUUUCUAAGAACUGUCCCAACCAACCAAGAUCUAAUCAUGGUCAUAAUCGAGCUCAUUCUGGAAUUUGGAUGGAACUGGGUAGCGUUCAUUAGCAGCAAUGAUGCAUACAGUCAAAACGGCCUCAAAUUAUUUCGUGAAAACAUCAAAGACCUCAGCAUCUGCCUGGCCUUUUUCUAUGAACUUACGUCAACCUCCAAUUAUUCAGAUAUACUAAACACGAUAGAUUCACUUAGCAUUAAUGUGAUCAUAGUUUUCACACAGCAACCGCCUGCUGCAGAAUUUAUUAAAACGGCCAUUGAUAUCAAUAUAAGGGACAAAGUAUGGAUAGCGGGUGAUACAUGGUCCAUGGACGAAACAAUUAUCAGUUACCCGGGCAUUGAGCAGAUUGGUACCAUUUUCGGUGUUACGGCAACAACUCUGAAUUUACCAGGAUUUGAUGAAUUUGUCUACCGAACACGGAACAGGGGUGAAAGCAAUGACUGUGGGAUUUGUAAUGAUGGAGAGAUGUGCAAUCAAGUUUGUGAAAACUGCACAAGCCUGGAUGCAGAGGACAUUAUAAGUCAAAGCCCUACAUACUCAUUCUCUAUCCAGGCUGCUGUGUACGCCUUUGCCUAUGCGCUCAAUCAAGCACUCAAUUGUACCAAGGCAGGGUGUGCUCCACCUCAGUACAUUCCUCCUUAUGUCCUUCUGCGUUAUCUGAAAAAGUUGAGCUUCACAUUACAAAACCAACAAAUUCAAUUUAAUCAAAAUGGAGAUCCACCAGCCAGUCUUGCAGUAGUACUCUGGAGGCCAAAAGAGACUCCACUGUUUGCUAUUGCUGCUACAUAUGAAUCACAACUGACUAUUCGGUUUACUAUGAAUAGCAGGGCUGUUCGCUGGUCUAAAAAUGGAACAGUGCCGUAUUCGAAUUGUUCUAUUCAAUGUGACAGUGGCUAUAAAAAACUGCAAACUUCGAUACAUGUAUGCUGUUUUCAGUGCGAGAUGUGCCAGGCCCAGACAUACGUCAACAUCUCAGCGGAUGCUUACACGUGUACUCCCUGUGAAGAAGGUUACUGGUCUGAUGAGAAGAGCACAAUUUGCAAAAAACGCACUAUUGUCUAUCUUCAUCUCAAGGAUCCUCUGUGCAUCCUGUUCUUGGUUUGCGCUGUGGCCCUCAUUGUUAUCUCCAUUGGACUCAUAAUCCUUUUUGGCAUCAACUACAACACUCCGGUGGUUAAGUCUGCUGGUGGUAAUAUGUGCCUACUUAUGUUGUGUUGUUUGAUUCUGGCCAACAUUGGGGUGUUUUUUUACUUUGGAGUUCCAGACCCAGUUAAUUGUGCUUUAAGAAAUGUCUUUUUCAUAUUUUUCUAUACUAUUUGCCUUUCUUGUAUGGGUGUGCGUUCCUUCCAGAUUGUUUGUGUCUUUAAAAUAGCUGCACAGUUUCCAGAUGUCUACCACUGGUGGAUGAAGAACAAUGGUCAAUGGCUCUGUAUUAAAGUCUACUCUUUCAUACAGCUUGUUGCUUGUGUAAUAUGGAUUCUAACUGGAAGACCCAAACCCUACAACGACAGCGCGUCUUUUAAUGAUCAGAUUAUUUUGACAUGUGAUAUGGGAUCAAUGGUCACAUCCACCUUGGCUUGGUGUUGUCUUUGGUUUCUUAGUGUAGUCUGUUUCUGUUUCUCUUACAUGGGCAAAGAUCUUCCAAAAAGCUAUAAUGAAGCCAAGCCCAUCACGUUUAGCUUGCUUGUAUUUUACCUGGGCUGGAUUGCAUAUUUCACAGCUUACAUUGUGUUCAGAGGGGCUUACAUACAACUCUUUAAUGCAGUAGCCCAGCUAUCCAGUUCAUAUGGAAUUAUUUUCAGUUUCUACAUGCCAAAAGCAUACAUCAUUGUUUUCCAACCAAGAAAGAACACUCAGGCAUACUUCCAGUCAACAAUCCAGACAUAUACACAGACUAUUAGCAGAAACUCAUAAUCCGAGCUAAAAAGGUUAUGAUCAGAACAAGAACUAAACAGAACAAAGGGUAGGGAAAUAUGAAUAUUAGGAAAUGCAGGUAUAUAUGCAUAGUAAACAUCACACAGAUGAAUUAGGAAAACAUUCCUAUUUAAGGGAUAUACAGUACUGUGUAUAUAAUCGAAACUGUGGGUGUGGUAAUGCACUAGGUGAAACGCCAGGUGGCACGGUUGCAUUCAGAAGUUUAGACAAAGACAAGCCAGAGACUGGACUUGGGACCAGGAUUGCGAUUAGAGUCAAAACAAAAAGGAGGAACCGAGAGUGAGAUGGAACAAGGACAUGGCUGAUACACCAACUGAAAUACCACAAUGUUAGGACUAACAAUGACACAAAAGAGUGAAAAUGUUGAGAUACAGACAGCAACACUGAGACUUGGGACUUGAAAAAAAAAACGACAACUAACAAACAAGAUUUUCUUUUUGACAAAAGUGUCUAACAUCAGUGGCUAUUAAGUAGACCUAGCAGAAGUCCCUCCAUGUU